UGUAAUUGUCUGCCUGACAGAAUAGUCAAAUGAUGCAGGAAGCUUAUGACUGUGACCCACUUCAAGGCCACCUGUGUAUUCGCCAACCAGUAAUUGGUUACAAGUCACUCAGUGCACCGCAGUCAGUGCACCGCGUGGAGCAGCCUUUGCCUGCCGUCUUGCAGCGCUGUCGCUCAGGGCCAGGGAACGUGUCCUCAGGCUGCCAGAUCACCUUUCUCCUGCAAUAAACAAACAAUUACACCGAGGGAGAGUGACAAGUUAAAUACCGUAAACGUAAUGAGCAGCAAGUGGUUAACUUUAUAGUCAAAUAUUGGAUUAAGUUCAGCUCUUGUCAAGGCGACUGGUGUCCAAGGACACGACUCUGUGCUGAGUAACUGUGGCAGUGACGAACGUGUGUUCCUGAAGUGCGUGUGUUGAGACGACAUGGUAAGACAACGACGGAGCCGAAUGAGUGGGAGGGUGGCGCAUCUGUGCAGGGCCUGACGAGGAGAGGGGGGGCAGGGGUGUCGCCACGCUCCCCUUCAGGCACCGUUGGUCUGGUCUGGGAGAAGCUCAGAAGGAAGGAGUUGCUGAGAUAUAUCACUUGGUAUCUUAACAGCCUGUAUCUUGUAGCCUCAAGUACAGUCUAUGGUGAUAGCGGUCAUGGCCAGUGGCGCCGCUCUGGUGGCGGCAGAUGCGUGCAGUUGGGUGUCGGCGUGAUCGUCAGUCAGUUGGUGGGCCGCGCAGGUUGAGGACGCGCGCUCCGGUGUGUGAUGAUCAUGUUGAGCUGCCGUGGGCCCCGGUGACGCCGCGUCUCAGCUGUACCACCACUACGCGUCACCGCUUGCUUCACUCUUACUGUGUGUCUUAUUGUUCAGAGUUUUAGCACAAUGGCAUCAGGUUUCUUUUCAUUAGUGAAGGAGGAACCCGACAGUGGGCAUGAGAUGGAAACUACGCCAGUGGCACUACCGCCCACUAGUGCGAGUAUGGGCGGCCACACUCCCCCCGGGAGUGGCGGUCGGCACGUGACCUGCCCACCUUUGCAGGCAGCGAUGCCACUCACACCUAUAAGUUCUCGCCAGCCUCCCCUCCGCCGUAUGGAGAUUGACCCAAACUUUGAGCCUGUGGCUCGGUCUCGUUCCAACACGUGGCCGCUCCCGUGUCCUGAAGGUUAUGUGGAGAGUGAGGAACCUGUGGCGGUGCCGGGGGAAGGACCGGUCGUCGACCAGGCUCGGCCGACAGGAGCGAUGGGUGGUCUUGGAGACCCCACCGGGGGCCCGCCUAAAAAGAACACUUCGCGUCGCAACCCGUGGGGCAACAUGUCCUAUGCAGACCUCAUCGCCCAGGCCAUCAUGUCAUCACCGGAGACCCGCGCCACCCUUUCUCAAAUCUACGACUGGAUGGUGCAGAACGUGCCCUACUUCAAGGACAAGGGCGACUCCAACUCUUCCGCCGGCUGGAAGGUAAAUAAGAAGCCAUUGGGAUAUCGAUGUGUGGGUGAGGGGCGGCGCACCUGCGUCAGGUGAGUACUGCGUCAUGGUUUUAGUGAGGUGACACACACACACACACACACACACACACACACACACACACACACACACACACACACACACACACACAUUCUUUGACAACUUUGCCUGGUAGUCCAAACCUAAACAACACACGUCUGCCAGGGCAGAGUGGCCACGUCCGGCGAGGGCAAAUGUCCUCACAGGCGGCGCAGUGGCAAGUGACUGUUAUCUGUCGGUGGAGGCGACGAUAAGGUCGUCUGAUAAGCGUUGUAGAUAGUGUUAGGAUCUCAUGCUGUAGGAAGACUUCAGCUGAGGUGGGAGGGGCCGUGGAGUAGGAGGGCUGCUGCAGGGCAGGAGUGAGUGGUGGUAGCGGGCCUCGCGGUAGCUGAGAGGGGAGCCGUGUGCACUGACACCAAGCGUGCACCCAGGGUGAUGGUGUGUGGUGUGGCCAACAGUACAUCCUGAGGGAGCAUGUUCACACCAGAGUUGACUGUGGUCGAACUCAUUUCUGCGUAGGAGGAAGAGCGUGGUGCUUUUCACUGAGAAUCACGAGAGGGAACACUCGGGGAGCGAACCCCUGACAUAACACUCAACGUACGCCACACCUAAACAAUGGGUUCAUAAUUAUCGCCAUGACCCAGUUGGUGGUUAGUCUACUUAAACUGCCACAAUGCCUCUAAAAAUAUUUAAAUACGUAGUUUGGCUGGGAACUUUGUUGAGUAUGAAAUCUUGCGUACCUGUCUUUGCUAAUAAAGAAACAUUCCUCCAAAAGAGAAGCAGUAGUGAACAUUCCUCAGCGCUUUGAACGCUCUAAACUGCAGCAAAGUAUUCCUGCAAAAUACUGUGAAAUAGAGUGCUUGUAAGGAGAUUGGCUUAGGGGGGAACACUCAUGGUCAUUGGUGGGUUGAGGUACACUCUU